AGUGUGUGUGUGAGAACUGGAAGCUGCUGUUCGGUUCCUUGAACAAAGGAACCUAACAGAUUUGGUCNGACCUGCCGGAUCAGUUUCGGAGGAGAGAAGAAGGAGGGGUUAACGAAGAAGCAUGGAGGGACGAAUGGGGGCGAUGGAGGCGACAAUGGAGGAAUUGAAGGCGGAGAUGCGGGCGAUGACUCUCGCUUUUCAACGAACCUCAGGAAGACGUUCUAGGAAUCAUGAUCGGAGUUCCACAGGGAGUCGNGAUUCCGUAAAUGCUGACCGUGAACGACGAACACCAGUGAGUUCGGAGGACGAAUCGGAAGAGGACGAAGGAGAUGUGCAACGAAGUUGGAUGAAACGUGUUGAACUUCCAACGUUCGAAGGAACAGAUCCUAUGGGCUGGAUAGCGAAGGCNGAGAAAUUUUUUGAUAUCCAGAACGUUACGGAGAAAGAGAAAAUGAAGCUCNUAUACAUUUGUAUGGAGGGAGGAGCUAGUUAUUGGUUCCGCUUUUGGCGGAAGAAGACCAGACACCCAACUUGGAACACGUUCACUGCCGCUCUAACACGGAGGUUUGGAGGCUUAAGCAGGGGCUCCAUUUACGAAAAAUUGGCCGCCGUGCGACAAAGGGGAAAUGUCGAUGAAUAUAUACAAGAGUUUGAAGUCUUGGUGGCGCAAGCAGCAGGAGUAAAUGAGGAACAACUUUUGGGAUACUUCUUCGCUGGGCUGCAAGAAGGAUUGAGAAAUCUGGUGAGGCCGCAUGACCCACGCGAUUUGUUGACGGCAAUGGAGCGAGCACGCGACGUCGAACAAGCGGGUUCGGUAUCGCGAGGUAACAACAGCGGAACUGGAGGAAAAGGAGGGGUGACUUGGGGAAGGUACUCCUCGAGCUCGGGUACUGUCGCGAGGACGGAGACCUAUCGAGGGGCGUCGGAGGGAUCGGUGAACGUCGGCGGGGUCGGAGGUGGAUCGGGAACGAAGAAGGAAGGNGUUUCCAGCAAUGUAACUUCCCGAGCAGGUAGUAGCGGAGGAGGGAAUACUCAAGGAAGAGGAGUAAGAAUGUUGCCUUACCCCGAAUAUAUAAAAAGGCGUGAAGAAGGGCGUUGUUUCCAGUGUGGAGGCCCAUACAGCCCNGGCCAUCGGUGUGCUGAAAGGAGUNUGAGAGUGAUGAUUUUGGCAGAAGAAGAUGAAGAAGAAGGAGUCGAAGAGAAGAUUGAAAUGGAGGCCCCUGUGAUAGAACACACGGUGAUGGAACACAUGGCGAUGGAACUGUCGGGAUUGUCUGCUGGAGGCCUCACCCAAUCGAAUACCAUGAAAAUGCAAGGAUGGAUGAAGGGGAGGAGAAUUCUGGUGUUNGUAGACAGCGGAGCUAGUCAUAGCUUUAUAUCCACCAAAUUGGUGGGAGAAUUGGGUCUGGAAAGCACUGACACUCAUCCCUAUAAAGUGUGUUUAGGUGAUGGGCAAAAGAAAAUAACCAGUGGGUAUUGCACAGGGGUUACUGUGAAGUUAGAUGGGUUGGAAGUUAGAGAUAAACUAUAUCUCUUUGAGUUAGGCGGUGUGGAUGUGAUUCUAGGAAUCACUUGGUUAGCUUCCCUAGGAGAAAUUAAAGUGGAUUGGGGACAGCUAAUUAUGAAGGUGGAGGUUGAAGGAAAAUUAGUGGAGAUCAAAGGAGAUCCCACUUUAACAUGCCGGAUGGUGACACCCAAAGAUCUUUUAAAAGAAAAGGAGAUAGAAGCUAUGACUCUCGUGUGGAGCUUAAGNCAAGCUGAAGCGGUGGAGGUAGAUGGCGAAACAGAGAAAUGNACACCNACUCAAGAAGUAGGGCUGAAGCAGAUUUUGUCAGAUUUCGAAGGAGUAUUUCGAGAACCUCAAGGACUGCCACCUGAGAGGAAAGUUGAUCACCGAAUACCCUUGAAGGAAGGAACAGAGCCCAUAAGUGUCAGGCCAUACCGCUACCCACACCUCAUGAAAACNGAGAUAGAGAGACAAGUUGAAGAAAUGUUGAAGAUCGGCGUGAUUCGUCCCAGCAACAGUCCAUAUUCAAGCCCAGUAAUAUUAGUGAAAAAAAAAGACGGGAGCUGGAGAUUUUGUGUAGAUUACAGGGCACUUAAUAGAGUCACAGUGCCGGAUAAAUACCCAAUACCGGUUAUAGAGGAACUGCUGGAUGAGCUUCAAGCGGCAAGGUAUUUUUCUAAGAUUGAUUUACGGGCUGGGUAUCAUCAAAUCAGGAUGAAAACUGAAGAUAUUCCGAAGACAGCGUUUAGAACNCAUCAGGGACACUAUGAAUUUCUCGUGAUGCCUUUUGGGCUUACAAACGCCCCUGCCACGUUCCAAGAUAUGAUGAAUUCUGUCCUAAGGCCGUUUUUAAGGAGGUGCGUGUUGCUAAGAAAAACAAAUGCGAAUUUGGGAGAGAGCAAAUCCGUUAUUUGGGGCAUAAAAUUUCAAAAGCAGGAGUUGAGAUGGAUGAGGAGAAGAUUUCUGCAGUGACGGCAUGGCCCGAGCCCAAGAGUAUUAAAGAGCUGCGAGGAUUCUUAGGGCUGACUGGAUACUAUCGGAGAUUCAUCAGAGAUUAUGGGAAGAUUGC